GUUUCUACGGCUGCUGAAGAGGUGGUCGGUCGGCAAGUGGGCUCCUCCGCUGGGCUUCCGUGCGCUCCGCGGCGGGAAGCGCCUGCCCUGCAGGAUAUCAAUGCAAGCCUGAGUAAGAAAAACACCUCCCACUUAAGCCAUGGCGUACCAGUUAUACAGAAACACCACUCUGGGGAACAGCCUUCAGGAGAGCCUCGAUGAGCUCAUACAGUCUCAACAGAUCACUCCUCAACUCGCCCUUCAAGUUCUUCUUCAAUUUGAUAAGGCUAUAAAUUCAGCCCUGGCUCAGAGGGUCAGGAACAGAGUCAAUUUCAGGGGCUCUCUAAAUACGUACAGAUUCUGCGAUAAUGUGUGGACUUUUGUUUUGAAUGAUGUUGAAUUCAGAGAGGUGACAGAGCUUAUUAAAGUGGAUAAAGUGAAAAUUGUAGCCUGUGAUGGUAAAAAUACUGGCUCCAGCACUACAGAAUGAUUAAAGAAACGGGCUUUCUCUUGCCAUCUUCUGUUUGUCGCUGUUUGAGGAGAAGCCUAGAAGAGACUUUAACUUACUCUUGCAGUGCAGAAGUGGCUCACCUGUGCUACACUGGCACAGAAUUCCCCUCGGAAGCAGCUCGUAACUGUAACCUCUUACCUUUAUUAUACAGCAUGGGAAACUGAACUUUUUUUUAAUGACAAAUCAGAAGCUGUUGCCUUCCUACAAACGUUCUGUAAUAAACUCAUUUUAAAAUGUAAA